AUGGCGAAAGACAAGAAACAGAACAAAAAGCGCAAGCUCAGCUCCAAACCCGCCCCUCAAAAACAAGAAUCCCUCAACACACCCCCCGACUCGUCCUCGUCCUCCCUCAUCGAGCCCGAAGAGAUCGAAACCGCCAUCUAUGUCCUCAAGACUCUCGCAGAGAACCCCGACGAACUCUCGGACAAGCGCAUGAAGGAUGUCAAGCGGGCGACAUACGACCUCCAUCGGGUCAUGGCAGAGGGCGCCACCCUCGGAGCUUCCCUCACUUCCAAGAUCUCGGCUGCUCUUCAAGACUACCGAUUCACCGACGCUCUGAUAUUCCUCUUUGAAAUGUACACCAGGCGCCUCCCGCCCAAACUUGGUGCGCUUCAGCGAUGGGUCAGAGAAUGUGAUGCUACUUCCGGUGCCGAUGGAACGCCAGGCGACCCGGAAGCUCUGAAAUGCCUCGAUCUGAUCCUGCGCAUCGCCAACAUGACUGCUGAAGACAAAGAGGCCAAGAGUGCGCCUAGUGCGAGCUCUGUGAUCCGGAGGAAGAAGCCUUGGGUCGCGAGAGGUCCUAUCGAAGGGGAGAUUCAGAUCUGGGAAAAGAUGCAGAGCGAUACCUUGUUUGGUGAGUCGUCACACGCCCCCGAGGUUCUUUCUUGGUCCAACAUCCCAACAGAUGCCCCUCCGCCCAAUCCAUACCCCAACUUUACCUCCGUCCACCACGUCCCCGCCGCCCUCCGAAAACCUCCCAACCUCUACGACUCUACAGUCUACGGCUCUUCCCCCAACGCCAUUACCCUCACACCCUCAGAAAUUCGCCCUCGCCAACCAUCCAGGAUGGACGUCCCCGGCGUCCCCGGCGCAUUCAUGGUGCUAGACGUCUUUACACCUGAAGAAUGUCUGCAGAUCGUUCAAGCCGCAUCGGCCAUUGGAUUCGAAAAAGACGAAGCGGCUGCAGGAUCAGCAGUCAUGAAAAACUCUAUCCUGGCGCGCAACUUUGUCUGGCUCGCCGAUAAACCUUUCCUCCAACAUUUCUACGACCAGAUCCUUUCUUUCGUUCCCCAAACAGCCCCGGUAUCUCCGGAAGGUCAUGGUGGUGGAAAGGUGAGGGGGAUCAAUGCGAGGUUUAGAGUGUACGAGUAUAUCGAGAAUCAACUAUAUCGCCCGCAUAUUGAUGGCGCCUGGCCUGCAGCAGGUCUUCAUCCCGAAACCGGCGAAUACCUCCACGACUCAAGCCCACCAGAAGACCCUCUCUGGUCCCGCUACACCCUCCUCCUCUACCUCAAUUCCGACAUCCCAGAAGAUACGGGCUGUACGACAUUCUUCUUGCCGUCGGAGAGGAUGGGCGUGAUGGAAGCUUUUGGUGUGAAACCUGUGCAGGGGGCUGUUUUGUGUUUCCCCCACGGAGAUACACAAGGCUCCCUCCUGCACGAAGGCAGCGCAGUAGGCGCCGGCGGCGGGAAAAUCGUCAUCCGUACAGAACUGUUGUUUGAGGCACAAGGGUUUGGGCAGUUUAAGCCGCCUGUGGCUUCGAUGGUGGGGACGGAGUCUGGGGUUUGA